UGCCUUCAUUACAAAUAAGACUCUCUCUCUGUCGUGUUUAUAGUUUGUCAGUCUAUUAGCGAUACUUUGGGAGUGUAGAACACCAUUCGAAUAAUCCCUCGGCAAUCGUGGCAUCGUUAUCUUGGUUUCAUCAACGGAGAAAAAAAAACGCUAGCAUAACGUGUGAAAAUUGACUUUCCCUCUGUCCGUCCGCACAUCAAACGAAACAGCAUUGAAGGGCUUACGUUGUAGGCACAAAGAAAACAGCUGCUGGAUUUUCAAGAUCAUUGAUGCCCACUGGACUCGAACUCGGUGCGGAAUUAGCCAGCAAGCAACUGACGUCAAAAUCGACAACAAUCAAAUUGGAAAAUAGCCUGUUUAUAGCGCGCAGAUAAAACUAACUAGACGUCAUCUAGUUCGUUACCUAUCGGAAGUGACCUUCAGGGGGACUCUUGUACUUAACCAAGUUAUUGAACUAUCACAUUUCUUGUAAACUACUUCUUUUUCCACACACAGCCUGCAUUAUCUCGCAAAGUCAUGAUGUCACGCACCGUACGAUAUUUCAAAAUGUUCUACAUUGUGGCGGGCAUUCUCCUAAGCAAUGAAGAUAUUUGCCACACCGUCGAUGCCAUGCACAUUUCUCCACGUGUUGAGGUCAUGGAAAAACUUCAAAAACAAACGGCGAGGAAAGUUCAACAACCUGCCAUUGAAGAUAAAGCAAUGCCGGCCAAGAAAGUUAAGACAUGGCUACCUCGUCUAAGCUUCUCAACGAUGAUGGAUCGCAUAAAAAAUCGCAUGCGCCCCCAGUGGCCAGCCAUCAAUUUGUGGGCAUUUCCCAACUAUGUCAUCGAAUAUUCGACAAAUCUGCUGUGUCGCAAAUUCAUAAUAAACAGUGACUGUGAUGUUAUUUAUAAAUGAAAAAAAAAAACAGAUUUACAACUACUUAAAAUUAGGAAUAAUGACGUCAUAGUUUUAUGAAAAUGCUUAGAGAAACUUAGAUGGGGCGCUUAUGAGCCUUGAGCUAUACAUUUUUUUUAAGAAACAUUAAACAAUUCUGAGAAAGGAUUAUCGAAUAUAUUUUUAAUUAAAUUUAAGAAAAAUAAUUGAAAAUUCACAAAAAUAUUCAAACUGUAUUUUCUUUCAUAUUUUAUAUUAAAUUACAAAAAUAAAAAUAACUGAAAAAAUAAAAUAAACAUAAAAACUGGA